AUGCUGAACCAAUUCACCUGUACCAAGUUCAUAGAAUCUCCUUUCUGGUUCAUGGACGGAAAGAUCAAUGCCACCGAUUCAGAGCCCCAGUCUGACUUCCACAAGAGGUUCCAGUACGAGUACAAGAGGCUCCUACGAGACAAUGCGAUUUUACUGACCCCUAACAAAACCACAAAGUUACCCGCGAGGAUGCAGCGUGGUGGAAAUCCAUCAUUGUUGGAAAGCGCAACGAUGAAUCCCUGCGUGAUGAAUAAUAUCCCACCCACUCCCGUCGGCCGUAACACAGUCAAACAUCGCACGGCGCUUGUGAAGACUUACACUGAUGAGUUGAUGCGUUCCCGGCUCUUCCAGCUCUUGCUUCGGGAUCCAGUGACCAAGUACAAACGAUCCCAGCGCAAGAGUAGUCUGCGUUUACUCCUCGACUCUGCCGCUCAAACCGUCAUUCACGCCGAUGGUGGUCUCUACGGCAAUAUGAACAUUGUGCGACUGCCAGAUCUUCCGAAAUUCAAUCACUGGUCGGGCCAGAUGAUCGUCCAUCCUUUCCACGCAGGAUUUGAACCCGUCGAAGGCAGUCGGGUUUUGAUUGUGACGCGGCCAAGCUAUAGCUACAUCGACAUCAUCUCCCUCAAACACUUCUCUACGGUGCCCCCAUGGAUGGUGAACCGUGCCGAAGUACUGGUGGCAGCCAAGGGGAGAAAAGCCCGGGCACUAUGGGCAGCUGCUGCUGUCAGCAAUGACUGCGAGAACACCGUUGGAAUGGACAAGGAGGAAGGAGAGAGCCAGGAAGAUGAUGACACGGAAGAGAAUGCUGGUCCAGUCAGGGCUCUUCCACCCCUACCAGAGACCAUCUGGCGGCAGUAA